AGGGAGGAGGAAGAGGGAAGAAAGAAGAAAGCAAAGAAAGAAAGAUAUCAAAACAAAGAUGUCGAGGAGGUGUGUGUUAGGUUGUGGCUCUCCCGAAACUCUUUUCAUAUUCCCCAAAACACCUUGGUUACGGUCUCGAUGGCUCGCCUUUUUGCAUUUCGAAGAAGGGGCGAUAUCAGAGAGUUCUCGGCUGUGCUCGAAACACUUCACACAAGAGUCCUUCAAAAACUGGACACGGCACAAAAUGGGCUAUGUGAAGUUUCUAUCGUUGACAGAAAACGCUGUCCCGACAGUGUACACAGUUGGUGCCUCGCAAACAUUGAAGCCCCUAACAAGAGAUGUGGCCUGUCAGUGUGAUCCUCCAACUAUGAAGAGUGUGUCAGUCCGCACAGAAAAACAAAAGCAGAAAAUACGGAGUAAAGGGGUUCAAGUGAAGCCUUGCUGGUUGCAGCCGGUUGGCACCUCUUGUUCUGAUGCCAAUUCUGCACCUUCAUGUUUCACAUCAAUACCAAUUAAAAGACCAAGGAUGGAAGUUUCCACAAUUAGUGAAAACUCUGUGUCCACCUCAAAACACCUGUCAGACUUUUGUGAGCCUGAUGUCAAGGAAGAGGACAUCAAAAAGUCUGUUCAAACUGCCUACGUAAAUGAGUGGAAGAGCGAGCCUGACACCUGAAAUACACCAGCUAGAAAUAUGAUUUUUCAACACAGAGGAGUUUAGUGGAACAUCAAACCGACAGUUCCGAAAGGACAUUGUGCCAAGUAUAAAUGAUGAACCUGGAUUGCAGUAAGGUGUUGCCCAUGUUGUUAGUCCAGAAGAUUGAUGCACUUGGGAAAGAGCAUAGUUGCAGAGAGGUCUGGCCUGGAGUAAAAAGAACCAUCAAUCAACACAGGUCUGCAUCCUCCAAGAUGGGUGAAGCAGCAGCCAUGGAGAUACAGAAGUCAAUCUUUAAAGUUCACCGUCAUAAGAGCUACUCUUUGCUGGUCUGCGACCACCCAUCUCAUGGGAUGUGUUUUGUUUGUAGAAUUUUUGUAUUAUUUUGUUGAUGUCAGAUACUGCCGAUUAGUCUAGUUCAGGGGUUCUCAAUCUCAGUCCUGGAGGUCCAGUGUCCUGCAGAUUUUAGCUCCAACUCCAAUGAGACACACCUGGGCUAGCUAAUCAAGCUCUUCCUAGGCUUUCUAGAAACAUCCUUGCAGGUGUGUUGAGGCAGGUUGGAGCUAAAAUCUGCAGGACAACAGACCUCCAGGACCGAGUUUAAGAAUCCCUGGGUCCUGUUUCAGUAAGGAGGUUUAACCAACUUGGAGUUUAAACUUGAACUCUGAGUUGACUUACAGAGAGAUUAAAAACUAUGUUAGGUCAAUCAACUUUGAAUAGAUAAACUCAGAGGCUGUUUCUCAAUUCCAAGAUUGCAGAGAAUGGACUUGCGUUCUUGUGAAGACCAGUCUCGCCAGGUCACCUUGUAAGAACAAACUCGGGAGACUGCGAGAACAGAGAACGCGUGAAAUGAGAAGUUCCGUUCUCCCUGAUGAUUACGUGACUUUCACGUGUUUUUAAUGGAAAUUUAUUUAAACCUUACAGCAUUCGUACAACGAUUUAAUGUUUUUCCCCUUUUCAUAUUAUAUACUAUUCAUAAAGACUUUACAAAUAUACACUGCACAAUACAAAUAAAACAGAUUUGAAUAGGAAUUUCAACAAAGAAACACCCUUAAUGUGUUUAUUCCUUUAUUAAGAUUUUAUUGCUAAUGUUCAUAUUCACCCUUUCAUUUAGGGAAACUCUUGAGAUAAAUAAGUUAUAUUUCUGAACUUUAAUAAUCAACCUAUAUAAAAUGAUGUGCUUCCCACCUCCAGUCGCAAUUACUUCUGGGAAUUCUAGAGCGAGUUUGGUGCUCAAGUCUGCAUCCAUGCGUCCUCGAUAUCAAGAACACAUCCGGGAAGUUUCACGCAUCCUCCGUUCUUGCAGUCUUGAGUAUUGGAACUGAACUUUGGCAGUUGUUGAUGCCUGUGUUAAGCGCGCACACCGCAACUAUAAAAAGGCAUUAUCAGUGGAGCGCAGAUAUUACGAGUCACCAUGGCAACAUCUAAAAAAAAAGAUCAGCAUUUCUUUCUCCAGCUGAACUUGAUGUGCUUAUGCAAAGUUAUAGCAAAUAUGAGGAUAUAUUUAAAACAAGCAACACCACUGCAUCAGUGAAACAGAGACAGCAUGGGAAAACAGCUGCUCAAGUUAAUGCGUAAGUUUACAUUUAAAAUAUUUAAGGAUAAUAAAAAAGUAAUGUAAUGUGUGACGUUUAUUGACUUUUCACUUGAAAAGUAGGGAACUGGCCGUAAUUUUAAAGUUAUUUCAGAUGUAAUUGCAUUUAAUUACAUAAAAUAGGCUAUUGCAUAGUUUCUACAACAAAUCUGACGUAACAAGGAUGCAGAUAACCUUAAUGUUUAGUGGAAAUGUUUAAUUUAAGGUUUCCACUUUUACACACUUUGAUCAGUUGAAGAUAACAUAUCUAAAGUAGAGUUUUUAAUAGAUUUUAAAAAAAUCUGAAAAAUCUACUUUUCAAGCUGUUUGGACAGACAUAUGUGUAGGUAUAGUGUAUAGACCGUCAUAUUGGGAUGAUAUAAACACACCCAAUUCUUUUUUUUUUUUUUUCAAUUUAACAACAUAAAAACGGUAGACCAAUUGUAUCAGUUUUUAGCUCAACUUCCCCCGCCCACCAAUAUUGAUUGACAGCUGAUUUACACAUAAAAAUAGGUGGGUGGAAAUACCGUUUAGGCGAGAAAUACCGCUUCGUCUUUGUAAAAGGGGAGGAGACCAACAGAAACUCAGAGUUUAGAAAAUAAAACCUGCACCUGACCAGGUUAGGUUCACAGAGUAAUUUACCAUGGUAACUGACUCUGAGUAAAAGUUACCUCUCUUUUAAAAACAGGCUUGACUUACCCUGCUUUCUCGAGUUUGACAAAUCUGCCAUUUUGAAACGGAAAACCCAGAGUUUUUCUUACUUCAGGGUUAACAUACUCUGAGUUUUCACUUAACCUUAAAACAGGGCACUGGUCUAGUUAAAUAGACUAUACAAAAAUACAAAAAUAACCAGGGUUGAGCUGAUGAAGGUAAGAUUCUAUUCAUAUUUACAAGCCUUUUAUUCAGUUCCAAUCUCAAAUCAGUUUGAUAUAGAAAAUGGGUUUGAUUUUUGUCAAGCUUUUAAAUUUGUGAGCAGACUGUCAACUUGAAUAGGCUUAUAUCAUCAACCCUGAACGGAUUUCACUAUCCUUUCAUUCAGUUCUUAAAGAUGUAAAGUGUAAAAGUAUUAAACCGAGAUGAGAGAACAUUGUAAAUAAAGGCCUU